AUGUAUAGAAAUUUAGCAGUAAGGACAAGUCGCUUUGGUUUUAAUUUUUGCAAGCAUGGAUCUAUUUACAACCUUAAGCAUCAUAAAUUUGUACCAACUUUUUCAAAAACCAGCUUAAUAAGAAAUGUUUCGAAUCAACCAAACGAUUCUUCUAAUGGAAACACCCCACCAUUAAAACCAGUUCAAGAUAAUAACAAAACUAAUUCUGAUUCUUCAAACACCGCGAAAGAGAUACCUGCAUCUACUGUCGCUAGUGAGGAAACUGAGAAUAAUAGACAGGCAACUGAAGAAUCUCAUUCACAGCCUUCUGAGAAUAGUCCAACAGAAAAUGUUGGAGAGCUUCUUUUGAGAUCACCGAGACGUAAACGAAGCACGACGCGUCUACGAUCUCGAGCGUCCAAACCAAUAAACCAGUAUAAACCAGUGAUACCACAGUUAUUUUUAAAAGAAAAUUAUCUUUGUUACAAAGAUAACACUCAUUCAUUUGAUAAAAUGUCUUAUCCUCUGGAAGACGGUAUUCGUGAUGAAAUCAUAUACAGUGCACGUGCUAAUCUAUUACCAUUACCAAGGAGUGAUACAGUGCCUGCACGGAGAGGCCAUUUAUUGUUGAAUUGUCCAAUAGAAGGUGCAUCAUUUUAUUUGGACGCGGUUGUUAAAAGUGUUGCUGCUUCUCUACAAGCCGAUCUGUUGACAUUUGAUAGACAGGAUCUUAUGGAGUUAACUGCAAGCAUGUUUUCACGUAAGGGUAAUGUCACACCAUGGCCAUUGUUUCCUGAAUUGAAAGGAUUCAACCCAUAUAUUGCCGCCUCACCAUAUUCCACAACAUCAUCGUUUUCUUCCGAAGAUGAAAUGGAUGACGAUGUGUUUAUAGAAGAAGAAGAAGGUUUCGAAUCGUCACCUACAGUUUCACGAAAUUCUAAUUUUGAAAAUAAAACAUUGGUUGAAAAUUUUCAAUAUAAUUCUACUCAAUCUAAUGGAUCUUUACGCACAGAAUUGAAAGUGAUUAUUGAGAAAGUUGAUAAAUUUUUUGAGGCUUUGGUAUCCUCUUCUCCUACUUGUGCUGAAUCUACAUCUACCUCUUCAAAUUUACCAUCACCACCCAAAAUAAUAUAUUUUCGAGAUGUUGGAGAUUUGGUUCCUACUACUUUUGGUUCGGCGAUCAUCAAUAGCUUAGUUGAUGCAGUACAAAAUCAGAGACAUGCUGGUGAUCAAAUUAUGAUUGUUGCGGGUUAUUCUCCAUCUUUAUUUGCAAUGGACAAAAAGUCAUCUACAAAUUCCAGUGUACCGUCCCACGAAAUUCAAUGGGUUGGUGUUGAUAUAUUUCCAAAUCCUGCAAUGCUUGCUGCCUUUACACACAUAGCCAUUCCUCCACCAUCAUCAUCAAAUACUGCACAAAAAUUACAAUCUUUAAUUGCAAAAGAUAAGAAUGUUGCUAUUAUACAUAUUAAUGUUCGUACAUUGAAGGCGGUUUGUGCUAGCAAAGGAGCAUUUUUCAAAAUUAAUAGUGUAAAAGAACUCGGAAAACUUAUGUCUAAACUAGAGGGGAUAGAUAGUGAAGUUUGGGGAUUUGAACGUAUUCAUCGUUUGGUGAUGAAUUCGAUUGGCAUAUGUAUUUCCAGUCAAGACGUUUCAUCAAUUAAAGGGCCGAUUUUUUUGGAAGUGGAGCAUUUUAUAAAGGCAGCAAACAUUUUGAAAGCUAAUCAUAAGCUUCGAAAAGAUUUUGUUGAAUGUGCUUCAACAAAUAAUGAAAUGUUGAACAAAAGCCCCGAAAAAUUAGUUAGCAUUGUUGGUAUUGGAGAUGGAAAAUUAAAUCUACCCAACCGAAAAAAUAUGAGAAAGGAAGACCUUGACAAGUACGAAAAAAAACUUUUAGGAUGUGUAGUAGAUCCUGAAAAUAUAUUAGUAGGUUUUUCUGAUAUCCAUAUUGCAGAGUCAACUGUACAGACUCUUCAAACAUUAAUAACUUUACCUUUAAUGAGACCACAAUCAUUUUCUUAUGGAGUUCUCAGUAAACAUUUUAUUUCUGGUGUUUUAUUGUUUGGACCACCAGGAACGGGUAAAACAAUGUUAGCUAAAGCGGUGGCAAAAGAAAGUGGUAGCACUGUAAUAGACAUUAAAUCUAGUGAUGUAUACGAUAUGUAUGUUGGUGAAGGUGAGAAGAAUGUUCGGGCAAUAUUUUCACUAGCUCGUAAAUUAUCACCCUGUGUAAUAUUUUUGGAUGAAUUAGAUGCUAUUUUUGGAUCUAGGCGUUCGGACAUACAUAAUGGAGCACAUAGAGAAAUUAUUAAUCAAUUUAUGGCAGAAUGGGAUGGUUUAACGUCCCGUAACGAAGGUGUGUUAGUGAUGGGUGCAACUAAUCGACCAUUUGAUUUGGACGAUGCAAUACUGAGAAGAAUGCCAAGAAGAAUAUUAGUUGAUUUACCUACUGAAAAAGAUCGUGAACAGAUACUUCAAUUACACCUUCGUGAUGAGAAGCUUGAUUCAUUAAUUUCAUUGGCAGAUCUUGCAAAAAUUGCUAGACUUUAUUCUGGUUCAGAUUUGAAAAAUCUAUGUAUUAGUGCAGCACUUGCAGCAGUUCGAGAGGAUGCAGAAAAGGAACAAAACAAGAGUAAUAGUGAUAAAGAGGAAUUGAAUGUUUCAGGAGACAGCAAAGAAAUGUCAAAACCAUUACAACCACCACCUAUACGAGUGUUGAAAAAUCAUCAUUUCCAACAAGCACUUAAACAGAUAACACCAUCUUGUUCUGAGGAUAUGACAAGUUUGGCAGAAUUAAGGAAAUGGGACGGAUUGUAUGGUGAUGGAGCUUGGAAUAGACAAAAACGGGUAAAAGGCAUUGGAUUUGAUGGUGAUUCAGGUUUAUCAGACGAUCAGGCCAUUGGAAAUGCCAUGCAGGCCUAG